UACUUACUCUGUUGCUGGCAGUCGUAAAGACUGCGCAAGUAACGACGUAGUGAACUAAGGGAUUUAUUCUCUAGGCAGCAGUAGAGAAGAUCUACCCGCUGCCUGCCUACAUCGGGCUAGGGCCAGUCCCAUAAGACCACUUGCGACAACAUCUAGCACCCCAAUCACUGCAGGCGAACGCUCUGCAGUGUGAGGAGGGCAAAGGACCCUUUCCCCAGGAAAAAGUUCAUGUUGUGACGUCAAAGCGUCCAGCUUUUAGACAAUAUGGACAGGCGCGUAAGCUGGAUGGAGUGCGGGCUCGUCAUUCUUGUGACGAUCGCAGCCACUGCCUACGCAGCACCUCACGAGACCGUGAAAUCAAACUGCUUCUUCCGCGGCGUGGAGUACCUCCACUUGGACACCUGGUAUCCCCUUGAAAACAACGAGUGCCUUCAGUGCCAAUGUCUCAAUGGAGAUGUCAAGUGCCAAUUCAUCGAGUGCGACAAGUUUGACUCUGCUGAGACCAAGACUGCUAUUCUCGGAGAGGCUCUGGAUGCCAUGCGUCGCUGAUGCCGCCUACAGGUCUUACUACCCUAGCAGCUUCAGCAACAAGGCUGGUGGCGCCCAGUUCCAGCCUCAGUACCUGCAGGCUCAAGUGGGCCCCAUGGGACCUCGCGGUUCUUCUGGACCUCCUGGAUCCCCAGGACCCCAGGGAAGCAUGGGACCCAGAGGCGAGCCCGGUGACCCUGGACCCCCAGGAUCCGGCGGACCCCGUGGACCCCCAGGACCCCCUGGACUCCCAGGACCCGAGGGUGACAGCGGCAGAGAUGGACAGCCAGGACCCGCCGGUACCCCAGGACCUCGUGGUCCCAACGGUGGCCCAGGAAUGCCCGGUAUGCCCGGACAGAAGGGACAUCGUGGAUUCAACGGAUUCCCAGGAAAGCGCGGAAACGAGGGAGCCUCUGGCGAGCCCGGAGACUCUGGUUCCCCCGGACCUGCUGGACCCGCCGGACCCCAGGGCCCCCGUGGAGCCCCCGGAGAUAGAGGAGAGGAUGGUGCCAACGGAGCCUCUGGACUCCGUGGUGUUGACGGUAUGCCCGGACCCUCUGGACCCCCCGGACCCAUUGGACCCACUGGACCCCCAGGAAUCCCCGGACAACAGGGACCUAAGGGAGAGGCUGGUGCCCCAGGAUCCAAGGGAUCCGUCGGACCCCAGGGAGCCCGCGGAGAGAACGGACGCCCAGGAUCCACCGGAGAGGUCGGACGUCCAGGUGCCACUGGAAUGCCCGGAUCUACUGGAGAGCAGGGAGCUCUGGGAGACCCUGGAAACGCUGGAUCCCCCGGAUACCCCGGACCCCGUGGACCUAGCGGUCUGAACGGCAGCCCUGGACUUCAAGGCAACAAGGGAGCUCAGGGAGACCCCGGAGUGCCCGGAUACAAGGGAUCUGCUGGAGAGAAGGGAGCCCCAGGAUCUGCUGGUGAGCUGGGACGUCCCGGUCUGCCCGGACCUGCUGGAGCCAGAGGAGAGCGCGGAGCUCAGGGACCCAUCGGACCCGUCGGAAGCCAGGGAGACCGCGGCGUGCCCGGAUCCCGUGGAAUGCCCGGAUCCCCCGGAUCCCCCGGAUCUAAGGGAGCUGAGGGAGUUGAUGGAGAGAGAGGACCCCGUGGAGAGCCAGGCAGUGCCGGAAUUGUCGGCAGAGCCGGACCCCCAGGACCCAGCGGAGAGCUCGGACUUCCCGGACCCCCAGGUGCUGAUGGUUCCAGCGGACCCCCAGGACCCCCUGGACCCUCUGGAUCUGAUGGACGCCCCGGACAAAUGGGACCCCCCGGACAGCCUGGACCUACUGGUCUCCAGGGCGCCCAGGGACCCCAAGGAGAGAGAGGAUCCCCAGGAAAGGCCGGCAUUGCUGGUGGCCCCGGACAGAGAGGACCCCCCGGAGAUGUUGGCCCCAGCGGCGAGCGCGGAGAGAGAGGAAUGCCCGGACCCGAGGGAGAGCCCGGCGGCCCAGGAGGUGUAGGACCCCAGGGACCUACUGGAUUCCAGGGACCCCCCGGACCCCAAGGACCCCCAGGAGAGAACGGAAUUGACGGAGAGGGUGGCGUGCCAGGAGAGGCUGGUGCCCCUGGACGUCCCGGAUACCCCGGUGCCCCAGGAUCCCCCGGACAGAAGGGAGACCAAGGAUUCCAAGGAGCUAAGGGAGAGCAAGGAGAGGUUGGACCCCCCGGAGAGCCAGGACGUUCUGGAAGACAGGGAGAGUCUGGCAUCCCCGGACGUCGCGGACAGAGCGGAGACCAGGGAGUUCCAGGAGUGCCCGGAGAGCGCGGACCUGACGGACGUGGUGGACCUCAGGGUCUCCCCGGACCCCAGGGAUCCAGCGGAGCUCCAGGACCCCAGGGACCUGUUGGAAUCAAGGGAAGUUUCGGAGAGAAUGGACGCCCCGGUCGCUCUGGCAGCAACGGCGCCUCAGGACUGCCCGGAACCCCUGGAAACAAGGGACCCCGCGGAGAGGACGGCAUCCCAGGAGGAGAGGGCCAAGUCGGACCCCAAGGAGCUCAAGGACAGCGUGGAGACCCCGGAAUCCCAGGAGUGCCCGGAGAGACCGGACCCCCAGGACAGCCUGGACCCACUGGACCUCGUGGUUCUCAGGGACGCAACGGCAUUGACGGAUACCAGGGUAAGGCCGGAGAGGUCGGACCUGUUGGACCCAGAGGACCUGUUGGAGAGCCCGGAACUGCUGGUGCCCCAGGAAACUCUGGAGCUCCCGGACUCCAAGGACGCCCCGGAGAGAAGGGACCCGAUGGUGAUGUUGGUCUGCCCGGUGCCCCUGGCAACCAGGGUCUGCAAGGACCUUCCGGACCUUCUGGAGGAUCUGGACCUUCCGGAGAGAGAGGACCAAGAGGAUCCGACGGAGGCCGUGGACCCAUGGGACCUGACGGAGAGACCGGAGUCGAGGGACCCCCAGGACGCACUGGCUCCAGAGGACCCGCCGGAGAGGAUGGAAGAAGGGGACAACAAGGAGAGGCUGGUCGUGCCGGUCCUCCUGGUCCUCCUGGUCAAUCCGUGUACGCUGCUGCCAUGUCCAGCUGGACUUCCGGUGGCAUGAAGGCUGAUCCCUACCUGGGAGAUGCUCCUCCUGAUGAGAAGGCCCGCAACACCAUCGAGGCCCUGAAGAAGGUCACUGCCGAAAUCAAGAAGGUCAGGAAGCCAACCGGAGAGCGUGAUGCUCCAGGACGUACCUGUCGCCAGAUCGCUGCCUCUGCUGAGGAGCCUCUGAAGAACGGCAUGUACUGGAUCGAUCCCAACGGCGGAGGUAUCGCUGAUGCCAUCCAAGUGUUCUGCCGCUUCGACCAGGAGAAACUCGAUAGGACCCAGACCUGCCUUGUGCCAGCCACCGAAGUUUUUGAGAAGAAGACCUGGUUCCGCUCCAGACCCACCGGAAAGGCUGCUGCCUACUUCGCUGAGACGUUCGCUGAUAACGAGUUCUCCUACCAGAGCCACAAGUCCCAGGUGAAGUUCCUGCAAUUCCUGUCCAAGGCUGCCCGCCAGAGAGUGACCAUCAACUGCCGCAACGUUGUGGCCGUCUACGACAGCCAAAACCGCACCUACGAGCAGUCCGUCCGCGUCAUGGGCUUUGAUGAGGAGGAGCUGUCCGUCCACGCUAAGAAGGCCUUCAGAUACAAGGUCGUCAUGGAUGACUGCCAGGAGAGGAACAACCAAUGGGGCCAGGCCGUCAUUGAGAUCCGCGGCAAGGACGCCAGACUGAACAGACUGCCUAUCAUUGACGUUGGACUCAAAGACGUUGCUGGCAGCGACCAAGAGUUCGGCAUUGAGAUUAGCAGAGCCUGUUUCACCAGCUGAGCGCCUCAUUUCUCAUCAAAAGUUUUUCAAAAUUUCCUCGGUCAUUAAUUAAAAAGAAAAUCCACUCAUAUUAUGUUGUUUUUUUUUUCAAAUGUCAUUCAUUAACUCUUUUUUUUCUUUUAACUUUUCAAUGUUACAUUGUUUAAAUGCUGGAGCUUCGGCUCUGAUCAUACCUUUUUGGUAACUAUGUCAAAGUGCGCUUUCUAGGAGAUGAUUUUAACGCUCCACAAUGUUUGAAUCAAUAAAGUCAAUCAUUGUUUUAGGAAACAGUUUAUCGAUUUAUUGUUGAACAGGAUGUUAUGUCCGUUUGAGACAAGAAAGGAAAAUAAAUGAUUGAUAAAUUUUAAUUCUCACUGUUUUGAAUAACUACAUGAAUCAACUAACUGCAUCCCAGUAUUGUUAUCAAUACGAACUUACAUUUGACGGAAAGGGGAAAAGAACAAACGAAUAUCCAAAGGGAUGUUUUUAGGAGUAGAUCUAAGCUCACGGUGGUAACUUGCACGCACUGGCCCUACAACUAACGAUACAUCACGUCAUCAAUUGUGGCAAGGAACUGGCACAAGUCGUUCCAUCGACAUUCUGUCUGAAAAGCUCAGGAGGUGAACAGAAGUUCCAAACUCAUUUGCGUAAAGUUUAGUCUUUUUUUUUCUUUCUUUUUUUUUGGCGACAGUCAAAUAUUGAUUAUACUAUUUUUAUGAUUGGCAGCAUUGCUUUGGUACUGUAAGAACAACGACAGCCAUCGAGUGCAAUAUUUUUCAAAAGAUAAACUGCGCAGAGGGUUUGAACUUGUGUGGUUGUUUGCCCAAGCAGCUUUCAGAUAGCUACCAACGUCACCACACUGAGACAACAUCUCACAACAUGCAGCCAACACGCCAUCAUUUCAUACUUGAGGCGAAUCCAACGGCUGAACCUUACACCACGAGCAUCAACUGAUCAUAACUCCUAAACCAAAGUUUUCAUACAACUAAAUCACACAAACACACAACAGUGUUAGUCAGUCUCUGAUCUUGCUUAGCUUAUUUUCAUACCUGUGAUCAUCAGCUUAACACUGCCCAGUGAAACGUAAAGUACAAUAAUGUGUCUGAGUCGUUUGUGACGUUUUCUGAGCGUCGUGAUUUAUGUACGAACAACAACGAUGUUAUGGAAGCGUGAGUAUUGUCUUCCAAUCUGCAACUGAAAAACCUGGUCUUAUUGCAGGACUAGGAGUCAUCAGCUAGAGAGAGUUGGCUCUAACCACGCGUGUGUGAGCGUCUGUUUUAAUUUGUUCCGUUACUUCGAGAGCUUUUUUUCUGUUUACAUUUUUUUUUGUUGCGACUUUUAAUGAUGCCAGAUUACAUGUACCAUGAUGAGCAUUUGGUGAUAAUGAUCACGGAUGGCGAAUGUUGAGUGCAAGAGGAUCGGGAAGAAAGGACAACGAAAGAAUGGAAAGAAGGAAUAAGUGUUGAGAAACAGCAAAGGACAUGUCAGGAGAGAGAUGUCUACGUUCUAUAUGCAUUUUCUUUUUAGACUUUCUUGUUUAUGUAUUAUUUAGAUACUCACCCGCUUCUCUCUCUAUCUGAUCACGUGAUUUCUACAAUCAUUGUUACUAACGUACAAGAAAAUCCGUCCAAUCAUCUGUCAGUGUAGAGCUUUUUAUAUGAAUUUUCGUAAUCCUGAUUUUUCUGACCUUGAUGUCAUUAAAGUCUGUCAUAUUUCUUGGA